AACGUUAGCUAAUUGUGUAUUAACGAAACAAAAAGAGAAUGAAUCAUCACCACACUACUACUUUAUUGCGCCGAAAAAUCAAACAAACGCAUCACCGUUGAGUGAUAAUUGUUUAUUGACCAGGGACAUGUGAAGGAUCCACAUUCGAUUUUUUAAAUCGCUCUCCAGAUCCAAAGAGGUUUCACACUGCCAAGAUCCGAUCAUCAUCAAUCGAUUUAUUCUUUGCUUCUCCGGGAUCUUGAACCUUCAAAAACAGAGCAAGGAGAGCUUUCUUUGUUGUUAAAGAGUUUUGAUGUAUUCAUUCUAAGAUGUUUGGUGGAAAGAGUAACAUACUCAGAGGAAGUGUCUCACUAGCCUUAGUUAUCCUCAUCCUUUUGAUGCUAACACUCCUUGUUUCCGAAGAAAACCCACUUCGUGCUUCUCUCUUUGAUCUAAAACGUCAGUUCUCAGCUUCUCCUUCCACUUCUUCUUCUUCAGUUUGUAACUAUGCAAAAGGAAAAUGGGUUAAAGACAAGAAGAGACCAUUGUACUCUGGUUCUGAAUGUAAACAGUGGUUAUCAUCCAUGUGGGCUUGUAGAGUAAUGGGCAGACCUGACUUCUCUUUUGAGGGUUACAGAUGGCAACCACAAGGUUGUAACAUGCCACAGUUUGACAGAUUCACCUUCUUAACAAGAAUGCAGAACAAGACGAUAGCAUUUAUAGGAGACUCGUUGGGACGGCAACAGUUUCAGUCUCUGAUGUGUAUGGCCACUGGUGGUGAAGACAGUCCAGAGGUUCAAAACGUGGGAUGGGAGUACGGUCUAGUCAAACCCAAAGGAGCUCUCCGUCCUGAUGGUUGGGCUUAUCGUUUCCCAACCACAAACACAACCAUCUUAUACUAUUGGUCAGCUAGUUUAUCAGAUUUAGUCCCCAUGAACAACACUGAACCACCUCGUCUCGUUGCAAUGCAUCUAGACCGUCCACCAGCGUUCAUGAGGAAGUACCUUCACCGUUUCGAUGUGUUGGUUCUCAACACAGGUCACCACUGGAACAGAGGCAAGAUAGAAGGCAAUCACUGGGUGAUGCACGUGAAUGGAACAAAGGUUGAAGGAGAGUUUCUCAAGGAUAUUAGUCACGCUAAGGUUUUUACAAUACACAGCGUUGUGAAGUGGCUAGAUGCAGAGCUUUUAUUGCAUCCGCGUUUGAGAGUUUUCUUUAGGACGAUAUCUCCGAGGCAUUUUAGGAACGGAGAUUGGAACACAGGUGGGAACUGUAACAACACGGUUCCUUUGUCUAGAGGAAGUGAAAUCAAUGGUGAUGAUGGGUCGGUUGAUACAACGGUGGAGAGUGCUGUGAAUGGGACAAGGAUCAAGAUUCUUGAUAUAACUGCACUUUCUGAGCUGAGGGAUGAAGCUCAUAUCUCAGGGUCUAAACUCAAACCUAGAAAACCUAAAAAGGUGACUAGUAACGUGACUUCCACGGCUCCAGCGGUUAAUGAUUGCUUGCAUUGGUGCUUACCAGGGAUUCCAGAUACUUGGAAUGAACUUUUCAUUGCUCAGAUUUAAGAAAUACUCAUACACCAUUUAUACGUAGUUCAGUGGAUUGGUCUCUGUUGUUGAUUCUUUGUUAUAGAAAGGUUUUGAUUUUGUUUUUCUUCUUUUGAGAAAAACAAAGGCUACAGAUUGUUGAUUCAUAGGUUGUACAAGAAACACUGAAACAGUAAUCACAUGUGAUGAUGGAUAGGUUGAAAAACUUGAUUCGCCUGGUUCAUACUUCUAUUAGCUAAGAAGUCCUUAUGCUAAAAGCUAUUCUAAGGUUGGCGAAGGUUGUGAAUUCCAUCAUCAAUUAAUAAUAGCAAUCUAAGUGAA